AUGAGGCUUUUGUCGGAGAAGACGCACCGAGAACAGAUUGAAUCUAACCCUUCCUCGGGCGUAUUGGCAUCCGAUUCAGAAGACACCCCCAUGGAAGAACCAGAGUCACGGGUCAAGCAAGAGAGCACAACGCCAGCAGCCAUGACGCCACCUGAGAGCGCAGUGGUCGUGCCUGACCUAACAUCCGAUUCAGCCAUGGAGAUCGCCGAGACCGAGCAGAACGACGAGAAGGAGAUGAGCGAAAUGGACAGCAACAUCAAAAAGGAACCCAUCACAACAAUACCCGGCUUUGCCAACGCCCGUUCCACAUUUCCUGAAGAUAACAACCAUCCUUCCCCAAAUUCCCGCGCCGCCACUCCAGAGAGCAACCACCCCUCACAAAACGACAGACACCAGACGCCGGAACCCAGGACGCCAGGAAGCACUCCAGGAAGCACUCCAGGUGCGCAGACAAACUCUGCCGAAACAUCCCCUUCACGCAAGGCGAAGCGGAUGUUGCCGCCUCCUGAACGGAUGGUCACUCGUGGAGUCAGUGGAGCUAUUCGCCACCGGAGUGUUGACGAGAUUCUCGGAACAGCAUCAGACCGCUCACCGCGCGCUACAUCCCCAGUCGGUACUUCUGGAGCCGUGAUCGCCACCCCCACCCCAAUGCCCGUGGCAGUGGAGCCCAUGACUCCAGCUAUUGCUGCCCUGACAGCAUCUGCCAUAUACUCGGCACCGAGCCAUGGCUCCAUAUCACACCUUGCUGUCAAGCCACCCCCACUCAAACUCCACACUGCCAAGAAGCACGCCCAGCCUACGACAACCCCUACACUCAUGAAGCGGACGGAUUCGCGCUUCGGAUCGCAGCGGUACGAUACCUUGGAUGGAAGCCCAUCUGGUCGCCCGACCCGACACGUGGAUCUCUAUGCUUGGCAGCUCAAGGUUCAGAGCCAGCCCAUCUACAAAGCUUUUCAGACUGCAACCAAGGUCGUCAAUACCAAGGAUUGGAAGGUUGCCCGUGAGGAGUUGAAGUUGAUGAGAGCAAUGCAGCGAAUUGAUACCCUCAAGGAGGGAAACCGAUGGAGUUUUAAGCAGAUCAAGAAGCAUCGUGGACCAGCCCGCACAAAGACUCACUGGGAUCAUCUUUUGGACGAGGUGCGGUGGACCCAAGUCGACUACAAGGAGGAGAGGCGGUGGAAGAUUGCCACCGCCUACCAGGUGUCCAGGUGGAUCAUGGCUUGGCACGAGACCGAUGACAAAUCCCUCGUCUGUGUUCCGCGUCAAAAGGUCAUUGAGCGGCCAGAGUCGCCCAUAGAGCAACCAACUGAGGCUAUGGAAGCAACAGUCAAGAUCGAGGACUUUUUGGAUGAGUCCAUGGUGGAUACUUCCGAGUCGUCCCGCGAGGACUCUUUUGUACCCGCAACAGAGGCAAUGGACGUCGUCACAAAACAAGAACCGUCAGAGCAGCCUCCGAUCAACGACACGUCCGCCGAUAAGCCCAUCAAGAUUGAGUCGGAGGAUGUCACCAUGUCUGCUCCUUUGGCUGCAGAUCAGAGCAAGACGCCUGUGAUGGACACGCCCGCCCCUGAAGGUGCCGACAACAAGGCACUCGUCCCCAAGCUCAAGGAGAACGCCAAGGAUGACUUUAUGAUGAUGCCCCCACCCCUUGCGCCAGCAGUCAUCCAAAAGUGCAGACCGUCUAUUCUUGAGCUAGACACCAGCGUUACCAUGUUCUCGCUCGACAAUUUGGAGGCUUUGAUGGAGGGAACUCGCAUUGGAUCUCUGGACAUCAACGCACUCUUCCCAGACUUGCCACUCUACGGACCACCCAACCCAGACGACAACGACGCAUACUUGGACGAGGCGGAGCACGGCCGCGUCACCAUGAUCAGCCGAUUGAUGUCUUCCAAGCCACCCUCAUUGGACUUCAGUCCACUGGCUUCCCAGGUCGUUUACUUGAAGCACAAGAGGGAUCCUAUUGACGAGAUGGACGACUUUGAGGAUGAGGACGCCAGAGUUCCCAGGAUUGAAGGCAGGAUCCUGAACGCCAUCCCUGGCACCGAACCACCAAGGACAGUUCCAGUGCUCUUCCAGACCAAGAAAAACAAGGAUGCUCCAUCUACGCCCAUUCGCCGACCUACACCUCCCGGUCCCCUUGCGCAGAAAGUGCCUGUUGUCUGGACGAGCGAGGAGGAUGAUCUGUUGCUGAGCAUGAUCAAGCCAUACCAGUACAACUGGGACCUGAUCUCCGAUAUGUUCAACUCGAUGCGGGGACCCAUCCUUUCUUCAGAGCGAAGAACCCCAUACGACUGUUACGAUCGCUGGUCCAAGAAGGAUGGACCCCAAUCGGGACCCAAUGGUGUUGGAGCGGACUCGGGUUCAGGACUCAUCCCCAUUGGUAACCUCCCUACCGGCUCGAGCCCGACACCACCAUCACCCAAGGCGAGAAAGGAUAAGGACGGAAAGAAGAUUGUCACGUCCAUCAAGGCUGACCCAGCAAAGAAAAAGCAGCGAUCAUUGAGUAUGCUUGAGGCCAUGAAGAAGGCCAUGAAGAAGCGUGAGAUUGCUCAGAGUCGAGUCAAUGCUGCCCCCGUCGUGACUGCAGCGAACAAGAAGGCGGUUAUUGGUCAGGAUGGUCAGAGCCCCAAGAUUGGAAACGGCAAUGUACCUUUGACCCCUGCAGAUCUGAGCAAGUACAAGACGGACCGCGACCGCCACUUGAGCCAGGUUAUGAACGAGCAGCGACAGCUGCAGGCUGCAUCGAUGGCUCUAGGAAGACCCGGUGUUGGCGUUGGAGUUCGCCCUCCCAUGCCCAAUCCAGCUGGUUCUCCCCUGGACGCCGCUCAGCAAUUGGCCCGUGCCGCUGGUACUCAGGCUGGGGCCCAACAGCGUCCACCUCAGAUGUCGCCCCAGGCCAAGGCGGGAGUUCGACCACUUAACCCCCAGCAAGUCCAGCAGGUCCAACAAGCUCAAGCGGCAGCACAAGCACAAGCCCAGGCUCAGGCUCAGGCCCAAGCACAAGCUGCAGCACAGGCCCAAGCUCAGACUCAGGCCCAACAGGUUCAGCAAGCCCAACAGGCUCAAGUCCAGCUCCAUUUGCAGCACCAACAGCAGAUGCAGUUGCAGCAGCUUCAACAACAGCAGCAGAUCCAAAUCCAGCAACAGCAACUCGCACAGGCGCAACAAGCCGCACAGGCCCAGGCCCAGGCACAGGCGCAAGCUCAGGCUCAAGCUCAAGCCCAGGCUCAGCAGCAAGGACAAGGUGUUUCGCAGAUCCCAUUGACAGGCCUGAGUCCCCAAGCCCUCAACUAUAUCCGCAACAACCCCAGUCUGUCGCUCUCCAGCCCACAAAUACAAGCCUACAUCCGUCAGCAACAGCUCCAGGCGCUCCAGCAGCAGCAGCAGCAGCAGCAGGCUGCACAAGCUCAGGCUCAAAUCCAAGCCCAGGCACAGGCGCAGCUCCAGCAGCAACAGCAACAGCAGGCGUCGUCUUCGCCUCUCGCAAGACCCAUGACGUCGCCUAUGUCCGGUUUCGCCAGUCCGUCUCUCCAGGCGCAGCACCUACAGCAAGUCCAGGCUCAAGCUCAGGCACAGGCGCAGCAGCAGGCCCAACAACAGCUUUUGGCACAGCAGCUUCAGCUUCAACAGGCCCAGCAGUUGCAGGCCCAGCAGAUCCACGCACAGAAGCAGCAACAGCAGCAGAUGGUCCAGCAGCAGCAAAUGCAGCAGCUUCACCAACAACAGCAGCAACAGCUUCAGUUGCAAGCUGCGCAAGCUCAGGCUCAGCGGGCUGCUCAUGCACAAGCGCUUCAACAGCAACAGCUUCAACAACAAGCCAUGCAGCAGAAGCAACAACAAGUCGCCCAGCUCCAGCAGAUCAAGACACCCACAGGAUCUCCUCGACAAGCUUCGACGGCUCAGAUGGGCGGUUUGACCCCCAACCUCCCCAGCGGACCCAGCACACCCGGUGAGUCGAUCAACCAUGCCGCAGCGAACGCCAACCGGAUGAAUGGUACAGGAAACGGAUCAGGAAACUCGUCCGGAGCGGCCACACCAUCGACUCCUAUUCUUGCUGGCGGAGCCCUCAACAAUAAUAACGGUGCUAUCGGAGUCAACGCCAAGCCUCAGCAGGUUCUGAACACCAACGGAGUUACCAAGGGAGGCAGCACUCCUGUCAUGACCCCCGGAGUUAUCUCAAGUCCCACGUUGUUCCACUCUGCGACGGCCUCGACACCUGCAGCCGGAGCCAACCCUGUCACUGUCCAGACGCCCAUUAUGGGUCACACUCAGCCCCAACAGCAACAGUUGCAGCAGCAACAGCAGCAGCAGCAGCAGGCUCUUCAGCAGCAGCAGCAGCAAUUGAAGCAGCAGCAGUUGCAACAGCAACAGCAGCAGCAACAGCAACAACAACAGCAACAGCAGGCGACAGCAGGUGCUCAAGGAACCCCAACCCCCCCUAUGGCGUCUCUUCUGACAAUGCCAACCGUGCCCACGCCUCAGAUGAUUGCCCAGCUGGCCCAGCACUACCCGAACCUUCCCCGCCUCCAAGCCGAAGCCCAAGCCCGCCAGCAGUUGCAGAGAUUCUUCGAAAGCCAGUACAAUGCCCAACAAGCGAUUAAGCAACAGCAGGCGAUGCAGCAGCAGAACGGUCAGCAGCUCAAUGGACAGACGAGUCAAGCCCAGUCUCAAGCUCUUGCUCAGCAGCAGCAACAAGCAUCUCCCCAAUUGGUCCAGCAGUCCCAUGUUGGUCAGACUGCGGGUCUUGUCAACGGCCAAACGAUGAACGGUCAGGUCAUGAACGGUCAGUCGCCAGGUCUUGUCAACGGUCAAGUCAUGAGCCCAGCCAUGAAUGCGGCGCAGCUUGCUCAACAGAAGCAGCUUCAACAGCAGCACUUGAUUCAGCAGCAGAAGCUCCAGCAGCAGAAGCAGCAGUUGGCGAUGCAACAGCAGCAAUUGGCCCAGCGACAGCUUCAGCAGCAACAGGCGCAACAGUUGGCCUUGCAACAACAACAGCAACAGCAGCAGCAACAGCAGCAGGCAAUUGCAUUGCAGCAGCAGCAGUUGGCUCUUCAACAACAACAGCAGCAGCAACAGCAGCAGCAGCAGCAACAACAACAACAGCAGCAACAACAACAACAGCAGCAGCAAAACCCUCAAUCGCAGCCUUAA